AAUCGAAAAAUUAAAAAAAAAAUCCAAAACAGCAAACCCUAAUGCUAGUAUUUGUUUUCUCUCUUUCCAUAGACUCCAAUUUAAAUCAAAAAUUCUGAUGAAUUGAAAUUAGAAGCCCAAAAACCCUAAUUAAUACCAUAAAUUAAUACCACCAAAAACUAUCAUAUAUGUUUACUCAUUAUCCAAUCUUCAUAAUUUACUUUUCAAUUAAAUUUCUGUAACAUAAUUAUCAAGCUCUCUGUAUAUAUAUAUAUAUAGAUUGAGAAUUAGUGAAUUGAUUUAGGAAGAAGAGAGAAUGGAGGGAAUACCGCACCCAAUACCAAGAACAGUUGAAGAAGUUUUCAGCGACUUUAAAGGAAGACGCUCUGGUUUAAUCAAAGCUCUAACCUCCGAUGUUGAGAAGUUCUACCAACAGUGUGACCCAGAAAAGGAGAACUUAUGUUUAUAUGGGCUUCCAAAUGAGAAUUGGGAAGUUAACCUGCCUGUGGAGGAGGUGCCCCCUGAGCUUCCUGAGCCAGCUCUGGGUAUAAAUUUUGCUAGAGAUGGGAUGCAAGAGAAGGACUGGUUAUCACUUGUUGCAGUUCAUAGUGAUUCAUGGUUGCUUGCUGUAGCAUUUUACUUCGGUGCCCGCUUUGGGUUUGGUAAGAAUGAAAGGAAGAGGCUUUUCCAGAUGAUAAAUGAACUUCCAACAAUAUUUGAAGUUGUGUCAGGAAAUGUUAAACAAGCCAAGGAGCAAUCUGGAAUUAAUAACAACAGUAGCAAAAGCAAAUCGAGCGGGAAAAUGCAACCUCGGCAACCUGAACCUCAGAUGAAGGCAGUGAAGAUGACUCCACUCCCCAAGGAAGAGGAUGAAAGUGGGGAAGAGGAAGAAGAAGACGACGAACAGGGUGCUACUUGCGGGGCAUGCGGUGAAAGCUAUGGCACUGAUGAAUUCUGGAUUUGCUGUGAUAUUUGUGAGAGAUGGUUUCAUGGGAAAUGUGUAAAGAUUACACCUGCAAAGGCUGAACAUAUCAAGCAGUACAAGUGUCCGGGUUGCAGCGGCAAGAGGGCCAGAGUUUAAAAUUAGAAGAUGAAGUAACAAAGGUUUAGAAUUCUGGGUUUGAAAUUUCUGGAACAGAACCAGUUUCUAGUCGAUGACUGCUGAUUGAAUUUGAAGUUUCAGUACUUCUUGUUCCUGUCAUGUCUAAUCUUCUCAGGAAUUAGAUUUUUUUUUUUAUUACAUGUUUUUGAUGCAAUUUUCUGAUUCUCUUGUUUUAUUAAUUUAUGUGCUUGUGAGUCAAA